AUAAUUGUUUUUAUUGUAUAAGCAAAAAGCAACAUGCACAAAUAUAAUAUUCUCAAACUUGAUGUAUCAAAAGCCCUUAGUCAUUGUAACGGUGCAGUGUGUCCUUUCAAAAAAAACUGCAUUUGGGUCAAAAUAUCACUGCAAGAUUGCGUCGAGCACUUACACAUAAACACACACAUUUUUGCACACUGACAGGCCCCUAGAAAGCCUCAGACAGAGUGAACUGAAGAAAGUUAAAGUGUUACUAGUUUUUCCCACUACAGUUCAGAGACCCCAUAUGAGCACCAUUGAUAAAUAGAGCGCUCAGACACACCAGCUCCAAACACACGCAACAUCUACCAUCAUCCUGAGCGACAGAAUCUUAGCUGAACCAUGAGGGUGGUGAACCUGGGUCCGGAUCCAUCUCUGGCAUAUCGCCCCGAAUGUGCUCAGAAAGAUAAGUCAAAAUUCAGGAACUUUGAGAGUGGAGAACUCUUUGACCGUGUGUUUUAUACAUACAAGCUGAUGCACACACACCAAACGCUGGACUUUGUCAAACAGAAGCACCUGAUUUGGGCCGACUGCAAUCACUUCAAUAUGACUAUGAUGGAGAACAUUGAUUCCCUGGAUGAGCUUGUUGAUGAAUCCGACCCGGACGUUGACUUCCCAAACUCUUUCCAUGCGUUCCAGACCGCCGAGGGUAUCCGCAAAGAACAUCCUGAUAAAGAUUGGUUCCAGCUAGUUGGUCUAAUCCAUGACAUUGGAAAAAUCAUGGCCCUGUAUGGAGAACCACAGUGGGCAGUAGUUGGAGACACAUUCCCAGUCGGAUGCAAGUUUCAGAAUUCAAUAGUUUUCAGAAAUUCCACAUUUCAAGACAAUCCAGAUGAGAGGAAUCUGACACUCAACACAGAAUUUGGUAUUUACAAACCGCAAUGUGGGUUGGAUGAUGUCCUGAUGUCUUGGGGGCAUGACGAAUAUCUGUACCGUGUAAUGAAGUUCAACAAAUGCACCAUCCCAGAGGAGGGUCUAUACAUGAUCCGAUUCCACUCAUUCUACCCCUGGCAUUCUAAUGGAGACUACAUGCACUUAUGCAACGACAAGGACCUACAGAUGUUACCCUGGGUCAAAGAGUUUAACAAGUUUGAUUUGUACACCAAGAGCACUGAACUGCCAGAUGUGGAGAGGCUGAAGCCGUAUUAUCAGUCACUUAUUGAUAAGUACUGCCCUGGCAUACUGCAGUGGUGAACAUAUACCACCAAUCUACCAUUUUAUUCCUAUGACACACACUGAAUUCUUCAAGCUCUCUUUCUUUGAUAGGUCUCAUGAGCAAACUACUGUACACUUCACUUAGUACUAUUACUAUUAUUCAUACUAAAGGCUAAAUCAUACUCUACACAAGUGCACGAACGCAGGCGCUUCUAGCUACACAAGCUUGAUUAAGUGCGGUUAAAUUCACAUUCACGCUUUUUAAACCACGAUGGGGAAUCUCAAAAAUGCAUUAGCCUAUUAAGGGAAACAAGCAAACACAAACGCACAAAGUGGGGUUCAAAAGUCUGAUUCAGAAUCGGAAAAACAUUUUCAGAAUGUUGAAAAAUGAUAUAAAAUUAAAUAGAAAUAUUUAGGAUUCCACAAUUUGUAGAUCACUAAAAUCAAGCAAAUUUGUGAUAUUAACAGUUAAACUUUUACUCAAACUGUUAUGCUCAUAAUGUAAUUUGGAAUGAAAAAUAAACAAUUAAAUUAGAAAAAAAAAAAAAA